AGAAAGAAGGAGAACAGAGAGGUGUCUAGAUCUGAAGAGCACAUCUCCACAAACCCUGUCCUGCAGUCCACUCGUCACAGCCAGAUGAUGUCAUCAGAGAUCCUCGUUCCUGGUUGGCUGCAGCAGCUGCUUGUCGUGCUCCUCAGGUUCACCCUUUCGUGUUCCACCACGGUGAACCUGACCAAUGGGACGGAGUGCACAGCUCGAGGACCCGCCUCCUACAUCCUGGUGUUUACUGGCCACUGGAGUCCACAGACCUUCCCGAAACAGUAUCCCUUAUUCCGACCCCCUGCACAGUGGUCAAAAUUAAUGGCUGUGACCCAUAAUGAGCAGUACCGACUUUGGCAGGAGGGGACGCUGGCGAGUGCUGGAAUGCAGAGCUUUGCCGAGGUGGGUUUGACAGUGGAGCUGGUAAAGGGAGCAAAGGAGGCAAGGAAGAGAAGGGUGGUGGGGUCCAUGUAUCGCACAGCUGGGAUCCCCUCUGGCAUCGGCCACAGCUCCACAGAACUGCUUUUGACGCCCAGGAGUCCACUGCUGUCUCUAAUAGUGAAAGUAAUCCCCAGUCCUGAUUGGUUUGUGGGGGUAGACAGUCUGAACUUGUGUGAGGGCAGCCAGUGGAAACAGGAAGUGACCAUUGACCUGCACCCAUUUGAUGCUGGCACGGAUAGCGGCUUCACUUUCUCCUCACCGAACUUUCCGACGACACCACCAGAGAAUAUCACCAUGAUCACCUCUCAGAAGCCAAACCACCCGGCAAAUUCCUUUUAUUACCCUCGGCUAACAGAACUCCCACCUCUGGCCACCAUUUGGCUGAAGCGACAGGCCCGCUCACCUGUCCGUCAACAGAACCGUGUGUCUAAUCACAUUCUGCCCGAUGUAACCAAACCUCAGAGAUUCUCAGAAACACCGCUGGACUGUGAGGUGUCAAUGUGGUCGUCUUGGGGCCUGUGUCAGGGGCCGUGCUCUCAUGGGGGACUGCGCCAUCGCACCCGUUAUAUCCAUCUGAAACCCGCCAACAGCGGCACGCAGUGCCCUGAGCUAGAGGAACAGGAAGAGUGCACGCCACACAACUGCCUCACAUAUCAGUGAUGCCAGUCACGCCACUGGCAUAGACACUUCGACGCUGUCCAAACAGAGAGCCGAGUUUAGCCUCAUGCCAAUGCUGAGUCACUGCUGCAGAAUGCGGGCGAGCCACCCAAAUGGACAUCCAGUGAGCUGCAUUGGCCUCUCUCCUCACUGGAAAAAAAUGCCUCAUAUUUUGUUAAUAAAGACUUUGAUUAUGGGUGCUGUGUUUACAGUAAUCUCAGUGUAUCUUCUUUACAUAAUCGCACUGUACUUCACCAAUGUAGAUCUGUGGAAGAGACAACUUUCAGUUGCCAAAACCACUGUUUCAAAAGUCUUCAUCUUUAUCUCACAACAAUAGCAACAUUUUACAGUAGCCUAGUUGAGUUUUUAAAUGAUUUGACAGAUGGUGUUUUUCACAAGGCAUUAGUAGGCUGUAGUUGUCAACUACAGUAGUAGUCCAUUAGAAGUCUGUCAAAGUAAAGUAAUAAUAAUAACAACAAUAAUACAAACCUUAUUUUUAAGAGGAAAGAUCAUGCAUUAGAAACACUAAAAAUAAUGUCCGAGAUCAAUGCAGUCCUAUCAUGUGAAGGAGUGCACAUCAUAUCUCAUUUACCACAUAAGGGACUGUUAAGACGUUGUAUAUAUGUUGUAUUUUAUGUUUCUUCUAAAAAUAAAAUAUGGAAUUCUCUCUUAGAUGGUCUCUUCCUUCUUGCAGGUUUUUUUUUUUUUUUUUCUGGUAACACUUUACAACUUCCUUCAUUAAUAAUAUUAACAGUAUUGUUCCUGUAGGUCAACUACUUGUACCUGUAUGCAGGAUAUCUACACUGAUCAGCCACAACAUUAAAACCACUGACAGGUGAAGUGAAUAACAUUUAUUAUCUUGUUACAAUGACACCCAUCAAAGGCAGCAAGUGACCAGUCAGUUUCAUGUGAAUUUCAUGUGUUGGAAGCAGGAAAAAUGGGUAAACAUGAGGAUCUGAGCGACUUUGACAAGGGCCAAAUUGUAAUGGCUAGACGACUGGGUCAGAGCAUCUCCAAAAUGGCAGGUCUUGUGGGGUGUUCCCGGUAUGCAGUGGUUAGUACCUACCAAAAGUGGUCCAAGGAAGGACAACCGGUGAACUGGCGACAGAGUCAUGGGCGCCCAAGGCUCAUUGAUGCAUGUUGGGAGUGAAGGCUAGCCCGUCUGGUCCGAUCCCACAGAAGAGCUACUGUAGCAUAAAUUGCUGAAAAACGUAAUGCUGGCCAUGACAGAAAGGUGUCAGAACACACAGUGCAUUGCAGCUUGCUGCAUAUGGGGCUGCAUAGCUGCAGACCGGUCAGAGUACCCAUGCUGACCCCUGUCCACCGCUGAAAGCGCCUACAAUGGGCACGUGAGUGUCAGAACUGGACCAUGAAGCAAUGGAAGAAGGUGGCCUGGUCUAAUUAAUCGCAUUUUCUUCUAGAUCAUGUGGACGGCCGGGUGCGUGUGCAUCGUUUACUUGGGGAAGAGAUGGCAGCAGGAUGUACUAUGGGAAGAAGGCAGGCUGGCGGAGGCAGUGUGAUGCUCUGGGCAAUGUUCUGCCGGGAAACCUUGGGUCCUGGCAUUCAUGUGGAUGUUACUUUGACACGUACCACCUACCUAAUCAUGGCAACGAUAUUCCCUGAUGGCAUUGGCCUCUUUCAGCAGGAUAAUGCGCCCUGCCACACUGCAAAAAUUGUUCAGGAAUGGUUUGAGGAACAUUACAAAGAGUUCAAGGUGUUGACUUGGCCUCCAAAUUCCCCAGAUCUCAAUCCGAAUGAGCAUCUAUGGGAUGUGCUGGACCAACAAGUCUGAUCCAUGGAGGCCCCACCUCGCACUUAAAGGAUCUGCUGCUAAUGUCUUUGUGCCAGACACCACAGGACACCUUCAGAGGUCUUGUGGAGUCCAUGCCUCGACGGGUCAGAGCUGUUUUGGCGGCAUAAGGGGGACCAAAAACGAUAUUAGGCAGGUGGUUUUAAUGUUGUGGCUGAUCGGUGUAUAUACCCAAUAUAUAAUAUCUAUAUGUAUACCAAUAUUUAUCAAGUGCCCAAAGGCCAAAACCAACAUGUUCCUUUUCAAAUGAUUAUCUUAUAGCCCAAAUGUUUGCAUGAGUCAUGAUGACAUGAUUGUUUGUGUGUCAUAUUUCACACUGUGGUUUUAAUUAACUGCUCACAUUUAUAUUUACCAGAGCAUGUGAUAGAUAUACUAAAUAAAGAUAUUACUGUCACAUGGCACAUGUAUAAAUAGUGUACUCUGACACUGUGUGGAUGAGGACACACACUCUUUUAAAAGCAUUAGCUGCAAUUGGAAAUGCUUUACAUUUUAUGUUUGACAUACAUAAUGCAUUAAUUUUAUUACUCUAUUUUACUAUGUAUAACUACACUGAUGCAGUUGUAUCUCUUCAUGGGUUUCCUUCAUGCAAAUUAGUGAGAAUAGACACAUUUCAGUCUAGGUAUUCCUUCUCAGCAGGUCAUGUAAUAAUACUGUAAUUUUGAAGAAAUAUUCUGGCUGUAUUUGUGGCAGUAUUUUUGUAGUAAUGUUGAUUACCAUAUAAAAAAAUAAUUUUCCAAGAAAAAAAAAAAGAGAGCAAGGUUACAGUGAGGCACUUAAAAUGGAAGUACUGUAAAUGGGGCCAAUUGUUGGAGGGUUUAAAGGCAGAAAUUUGAAGCCCAUAAUUGUAUAAAUGCACUUGCAUUAAUUCUGCUGUUAAAACUUGUGUAUUAUUUAGUCAUGUUACAUAGUCAUGGCAACGAAGUUGUAAAAUUGGAUAUAACUUUACACAGAAAAGGUUAGUAGGCAAUUUUAUCACACUAAAAUAAUGUUAACACGCAUAUUGUUUAUGUCUUGUGGCUAUACUUUUGAAAAUGUGAGUAUUUUAAUGUUUACAGAUUAGCCUCAUUUAAUUCCAUUGUACAAGUGCCUCAUGUAACCCAAAUUUUUGCUUUUUUGUAAGAAAAGGGAGGACAGAUUUUUGUGGUAAUCAACAUUAUGCCACAAAUGCUGUCACUUGAGCUUAAUUUUUAUUGAACCUGUAAUAUUCCUUUAACUUUUUGAGAUUUUUUUUUUCUUUCAAGAAAGUCAGAGGUGUAGGAAAACCACAAAAAAUUCAAGAGAUGGAAAAAAUAAACAUAACGCUCUAAAAUAGGGGUCAGGAACCUUUUUCACUAAGGAGCCAAUUUUUUAAUUUUUUGGUUGAUGCAUUUUUUUUGAAAGAGCCAUAGCACAAACUAAUAAUUUACUAUUUUCAAAAAACUAAGUUUUUCAAUAAAAUAAAAUGUUUAUUAUGCCCAUAGACUACUCAAAAACACAAAGACAAACAAAUAUGCAACACUUAAUAGGUUACAUGUUGUAAUAUGGACUUGAGUACAUGUGUUUGUGCGGGUCUCCAUAAAUUACUUCAUUUUACAAUUGUUCAUGAAAAAGUUCACUUCCCUUUUGAGCUGGGCUAUGUAAAAAAUAUUUUAACGAUAAACACCUUAAAAAAUAUAUCGAUAUCUGCAUAUAUCGUCAACCCCCCUGCCGAGGGUCAGUGAAUAUUUUUUCUUUAUCGAUUUUGCUUUAAAAAAUUAAUUUAUUGAAACACAACAAACUUAAACAA